AUGAAGCGACGUUCUUUUCCAAAAACUAAUAUUGAAGAAUCUCGACGAUGUCGAAUCGGGACAUCAUCUACGCGACGAGAUCUUUCCAACAAAAGUCAAGCAAAGAAGUUGCUUCAUAAACAAGAUUCGUUAUUGUCCAUUCAAAGGAAACAGAAUAUGGAUUUAGUAUCACGAGCUAGUAGUGACAAUGAUGACACGUUCGAUUAUAUAGCCGAAUGUCAACGGCUUCGUAACCAACUGGAACGAGUCCUGUUAAAUUAUCAAAGACAAGAAGAAGAAGUGGAAGCAUUGCGAACGCUGGCAAAGUCGCUGAAAAAAGAGGUCAAAGACAUUUACGACCAACAACAGCUUCAAAGUCUUGCCAACAGCAGUGAGAGAGGUAAAGCACGACACGCUGAGUCUUCAAAUCUUUUCACUCUUGAUGUUCAAAUCGAAGAGCUUCGAGAAGAGAAUUUAGAGCUGCGCCACUUACUUAAAAAAUGUCAAGAACAGUUAAAAUCGGCUCGUAUUUGCAUUGCUCAGAAACUACCAGCUCACAAACUUGCUGCUAUUAAAGCGAAUGCAGAGCUUCAAUGUGUGAAGAGCCAGCUGCAGCAAGAACGAGCACAUUCGGAUCUUCUUGAAAGACAACUCGUGCAUUUUAAAUCGAGACAAAUGAACGACGUUGUGGUAAAGCAUGCAUUCGAGCUUAAUAGCAAUGAGAUUGAAGUUUGUCCGACCGAUGACAAGACUAAACAUGAAAACGAAUUAUUUUUUCGAAAGUGUAUGGAAGAUCAAGAUAGUGAGACUUCACUGUCACAAAAAUCUAGUACUACCUUCGUCUCUGAUUUUGAUGAUACUUUGAGGAAGAAACUAGGUGUCCGUAAGAAGGAUGAAUCGUUGUCUCCGAUACUCUCCUCGUUAACAUUAGAUUCUACUAAUUAA